GACCGAUCCACACGGGCACCCCACCCCGGCCACCAUCCAUCCGUCUCCAGUCUCCAUUGUGCUUGCGCUCCUGUGCUACCGGCCGAUAGAACAGUGGCCGGUCGGCACGGGCACUCGCUGAGCACCGCCAGCAGCUAGAGCGCCAUGAAGAGCGCCGCACUAGUGUCCUUGCUGCUUCUGCUGGCGCAAUGCCUGGCGCUGAGCUCCGGCACGGCGCUCCGGCGGACGCGGCAGGGCGACUACCUGAACCGCCUCCACGGGUCACCGUCGUCCUCGUCGUGGCCAGAGUCGUCUUCCAUGGCUGUUUCGAGCUCGAAGGCGGACAGGAAAGUUCCCUCGCCGUCUCCGGCAAAGGCGGCUGUGGGUAGCAAGGAGGCAGACCGCGUGGAGAAGCUGCCGGGGCAGCCUGCCGCGGCAGGAGACGGCGGCAGCGAGUUCGCGCAGUACGCCGGGUACGUCACGGUGGACGCGGCCGCGGGGCGCGCGCUCUUCUACUACCUCGCCGAGGCCAUCGGCACCGGCAACGGCUCCUCGAAUUCGAAGCCGCUGCUACUGUGGCUGAACGGCGGGCCCGGGUGCUCGUCGCUCGGGUACGGCGCCAUGGAGGAGCUUGGCCCGUUCCGCGUCAUGAGCGACGGCAAGACGCUCUACCGCAACCCCUACUCCUGGAACCACGCGGCGAACGUGCUGUUCCUGGAGAGCCCGGCGGGGGUGGGGUACUCCUACUCCAACACGACGGCGGACUACAGCCGGUUCGGGGACAACAAGACGGCGGAGGACGCAUACCUCUUCCUCGCAAACUGGAUGGAGCGCUUUCCCGAGUACAAGGGCCGCGACUUCUACAUCACCGGCGAGAGCUACGCCGGCCACUACGUGCCCCAGCUCGCACACCAGAUCCUCCGCCACAAAUCGCCCUCCAUCAAUCUCAAAGGCAUCAUGAUUGGGAACGCGGUGAUCAAUGACUGGACGGACAGCAAGGGGAUGUACGACUUCUUCUGGACCCACGCACUCAUCUCCGACGACACGGCCGACGCCAUCAACAAGAACUGCAACUUCACCGCCGCCGGCGCCGGCGCGGCCAGCAGCGACCUCUGCGACGAGGCCUCCGGCGAGGCCAACGAGAGCCUCCGGGACAUCGACAUCUACAACAUCUACGCGCCCGUCUGCCAGUCCGACAAGCUCGUCUCGCCGCCCAACACUCCCUCGAUCGAGAGCUUUGAUCCGUGCACGGAUUAUUACGUGGAGGCCUACCUCAACAACCCGGACGUGCAGAAGGCGCUCCACGCUAACGUCACCCGCCUCGACCACCCUUGGUCAGCCUGCAGUGACGUCUUGAGACGCUGGGUCGACAGCGCCUCAACGGUUUUGCCCAUUAUCCGGGAACUGAUGAAAAACAACAUCAAAGUCUGGGUGUACAGUGGAGACACCGACGGGAGAGUGCCGGUGACUUCCAGCAGAUACUCUGUCAACCAACUCCAGCUACCUGUGGCUGAAAAAUGGAGGCCAUGGUUCAGCAGCACCAAGGGUACUGGUGAGGUGGGUGGAUACGUUGUGCAGUACAAGGGCGACCUCAGCUUGGUAACGGUGAGAGGAGCAGGCCAUGAAGUUCCCAGCUACCAGCCACAGCGAGCGCUUGUGCUUGUCCAGAGUUUCCUCGCAGGCAAAACACUCCCUGACUGCAAAAAGUGCGAACAGGGUUAACAGAUAGUAGUACCACAGCAGAAUCACAGGUUGUAUUAUUCCCAUUACUGUACCAAUUUCACUUGGUACAAAAAAAUUAUCAGAAUGAACUAAGUUAAAAAAUAUGCACUUAGCAGAUCAUGUAACUGCAGGUCAGCAAAAUGCUUACAUAUAGAAUCACAGAAAUAUGUCUGAUGUAAUUUAUCAUGUCAGAAUAUUUAUGCCAAAAUGGCAUGUCGAAAAGCUGGUGCUCUCAUGUGUUACAUUGACCAGAGAAUGAAAUUUAUAUGUUGGUACCAAA